AUGGUGUUCUACAAGUCGACCGAGGAGUCAAAGAAUAUCCUACAGACGUUACUGGAGCUGUUCAACGAGCAUGAUGAUGAGCUUCCAAAAUCAAUCCGCCACAGGGCAGAGAAUGUCACAUUCGAGGCAAAAAGGACCUUACCCUACUUUCCCAUCCCCUUCAAGGAGACGGAGACUACAGCGGCACUGAAAGCUAUGGAAGCUUCUGUGGUUGCCGAAUUAGGUGAUCUCAAAGCUGGGAAAGAUGCACAAAGAGCCAUCAAGAUCGAUCUGGAGAAGACAACAGCUUUUCUUUUCCAAGCGUAUCUAGCUACGGUCGGAGGCAAAACCAAGCUGGAUCCAGAUGCUAAGAAACUUCUCAAAGAUACGGAUCUUCUACAGGCACAGUCUAAUCCGUAUCGCCGCAUGUCAGCAAAUCUGUACGAGACGAACAGACAAGGAGAAUAUUACCACAUACAUGGUUCACUGGAAGCAUCCAAGACGCUGGGCAUGAUCGGCCUGGAACCUUUUCGACCCGAUCUUGAGACACAUGAGGAAAUUGUCAGUACGAUAGAAGGUGCCGUCCGAAAAUUCACGACCGAGCAGCUCGAGGAGAUGAAUGCAGCUAACAAACAGGCUGGAAUUCCUGUGUUGAAACACGAAGACUUCUUGAAGACACCACAUGUAAGCUUGUUAACCGUAAUCUGGAAGUGA